ACAUUUAAGAAGGUAAAUUGAAAAUCGUCAAUCAGUUGAAACUUGAAGUUCGCGAAGUGUGUUGUGCAAAAGCCCUUAUUUUAAAAAAAAGCGAUAAAAAGUUGAUCUACAAGAUGCCUCGACGAGGACGCUCUGCAAGUCCACCACCAGCGCCCCAGAGACGGGCUGCUCCUCCACCAAGCCAUGUUCCAGCCCAUGCACCGCCUUCAGCACCUGCACCGAGUGUUGCUCAACCACAGCAACCCUCGAUGUUUGGCCAGAUGGCCGCUACUGCGGGCGGAGUGGCUGUAGGAUCAGCAGUGGGUCACAUGGCCGGCAGCGCCCUGACCGGCAUGUUUAGCGGCGGCAGCAGCGAGCCCGCGCCGCAGCAAGCCGCGCAGCCGGCGCAGGCCACCUACCAGCAGUACCAGGGCCAGCAACAACCGCAGGGCCCAUGCGCUUGGGAGAUCAAGCAAUUCAUCGAAUGCGCCCAACAACAGCAUGAUCUCUCCCUGUGUGAAGGCUUCAAUGAAGCCCUCCGCCAGUGCAAAGUGAACAACCACAUGUAAACCCAUCUCUGGUGUCUAGAACAUUUUCAACAUUCUUUGGAAUAUUUCAAAUUUUCGUCGUGCUACCUCAAGCGUUCCAACUUCAAAGACACCAUAGAAAUUAUUAUGUGUGAUAGAUUUGUUUAUUUUAUUUAUAGAAAUUUUAGUAAUUAAUUUACAUUCUUUUGAGACUACUUAUUGUAGCUCUUUAGACGACGACGCCAUUGUUAAUUCUUAGUUGACAUUUUAAAUAAACAAGCAUUAUAAUAUU